AGUCAUAAUCUCUCUGCAAACAAGGAAAGAAGCUCUUCCGGGAGCCAGCCGAACACUGUGACCUCAGCGGCUUGCUUCCGGGACGUGGAAGUGACUUGUCGCCCCGCCUCUUCCGGCUCUCUUUCCGGUGGUGGAGUCUGAAGAAGACGUUCAGAAAUGGCACCUCGCAAGGGGAAGGAAAAGAAGGAAGAACAGGUCAUCAGCCUUGGACCGCAGGUGGCUGAAGGAGAAAAUGUAUUUGGUGUCUGCCACAUCUUUGCAUCCUUCAAUGAUACCUUUGUCCACGUCACUGAUCUUUCUGGCAAGGAAACCAUCUGCCGUGUGACUGGUGGAAUGAAGGUGAAGGCUGACAGAGAUGAAUCUUCCCCAUAUGCUGCCAUGUUAGCUGCCCAGGAUGUGGCCCAGCGGUGCAAGGAGCUGGGGAUCACUGCCCUACACAUCAAACUCAGGGCCACAGGAGGAAACAGGACUAAGACCCCUGGACCUGGUGCCCAGUCAGCCCUCAGAGCUCUUGCACGUUCGGGGAUGAAGAUCGGGCGGAUUGAGGAUGUCACUCCCAUCCCCUCUGACAGCACCCGCAGGAAGGGGGGUCGCCGUGGUCGCCGUCUGUGAACAGGACUUCUCAAAUUAUUUUCUGUUAAUAAAUUGCCUUCAUGUAA